AUGAUCAUAAUUGAACAUGGUUUAUCUAUUCAUCCUCAAGAAUUUGAAAAAGACGACGACAGUAAUUUUCACAUUGAUUUUAUAGUAGCCGCUUCAAACCUAAGAGCUGCAAAUUAUAGAAUACAAGCAGCAGAUCGACAUAAGAGUAAAUUGAUUGCUGGCAAAAUUAUUCCUGCUAUAGCAACUACUACAAGUGUUGUAGCUGGUCUCGUAUGUUUGGAAUUAAUAAAAUUAGCUCAUGGUUUCAAAGAUCUAUAUUUAUACAAAAAUGGAUUUGUAAAUCUUGCUUUACCAUUUUUUGGAUUUUCCGAACCUAUUGCAGCUCCAAAAUUGAAAUAUUACAAUACAGAAUGGACACUAUGGGAUAGAUUUGAAGUUCAAGGUGAAAUGACUCUCAAAGAAUUUUUAGAUUAUUUCAAACAAAAACAUAAUUUAGAAGUGACGAUGUUGUCUCAAGGCGUGUGCAUGCUUUAUUCAUUUUUCAUGGCUAAACAAAAAUGCCAAGAACGGAUGAAUUUACCAAUGUCUGAAGUUGUUAAAAAAGUUUCGAAAAAGAAGCUAGAAUCUCAUGUUCGGGCACUGGUAUUUGAAUUGUGUUGUAAUGAUGUAGAUGGCAAUGAUGUUGAAGUCCCAUACGUUCGAUAUACAUUAAGUUGA